UAGCAUCCUAAUAUUAAGGAAUACGAGAAGUUGAUUUAAGUUAAUUCAAAUUCCGGUCAUCUGGUGUGAUGAGAUAUCGAACGACUUUACCACGCGAUCAUUAGCUUAACUGGCUACCUAGCUAGUUAGCCUACAUUUGUUGUACUAGUUACUCACGUGUUUGAACUUGGGUAGAUGGUUGUGGGCAAGCUAUUUGUGAAUAACAGCCUAGCUAGCUUCUUCGAUGAGUUGCAUGAGAUAAGGUAGAUGAAAGGCCCUGCAACUGCCUGAAUAGCGUAGUAGUGCAACGGUCUGUGAUACUGCACAUCUAGUCAGUCCAGAUGGGUGCGACCAUGUCCAGUCCCGCAGCGACAGUCAAGGCUGAAGCAGUGAUGGCCCCCCAGUUUGGCGUUUCUCCACCCCAGGGCUGUCCAAUGCACCAAGAAGCAAAACAGGCGGCUCCGCCACCACAAUGUCCCAUGCACCACGCAACCAGUUCUACUCCUGCCCCUGCUGAGGUGACGACUCCCAAGCCUCCAGAGCAUCAGGACAGAGCCUAUGAGUUUGUGGAGUGCCCAAUGAGGGCGGGAUCUGGACCCAGCCAAGGACCUGAUGACAUUGACCCUGCCAACAUGAUGCCCCCACCAAACCAGAUGCCAGCACCCGAUCAGCCCUUCCCUCUGAACGUGGCAAGAGAGGAGUCCAACAUCCCUCGUGCCGGGUCCAACAACAACUGGGUCUACCCCUCUGAGCAGAUGUUCUGGAAUGCCAUGCUGAGGAAAGGGUGGCGCUGGAAGGAGGACGACCUUGCUCCCCAGGACAUGAGCAACAUCAUCAAAAUUCACAAUAAAAACAAUGAGCAGGCAUGGCAGGAGAUUCUGAAGUGGGAAGCUCUGCAUGCAAAGGAAUGCCCGUGUGGACCUUCUCUGGUUCGCUUUGGCGGAAAAGCCAAAGCGUUCUCUCCGAGGGCACGCUUUCGCCACUGGAUGGGGUACGAGUUGCCUUUCGACAGACACGACUGGAUUGUCAACCGCUGCGGACAGGAAGUGCGGUACGUGAUCGACUAUUACGACGGGGGCGAGGUGGACACGCAGACCUAUCAAUUCACCAUCCUGGACGUCCGUCCGGCUUUUGACUCUCUUGGCGCCGUGUGGGACCGCAUGAAAGUGGCCUGGUGGCGCUGGACCUCCUAAACGCCCAACCUCCACAUGAGCUCCCACUGUCCGAACCUGCGAUGUGAAAGUCGAUCUUGAACUCCCAACAGGACAUGAAUCCCAAGGACUGGCAAUGAUUGUUUCCAGACAGACACACGAGUGGCUUGCUUUAAUUUCUGAUCCUAGGAAAUGCAACUGGAAACAAAUACGUUUGUCAACCUACCGAUAUCGCUGGAAGGGGAUGAGAAAAUACGGGUUGUAUUCUCAUCUUCUGUCCCUCUGUAAUGGAGUUAUGUUUGCACUGUGUGCUUUGUUGAAAUGGGGUGUAGCAUUCAUUUCCACUUUGGGUAAGUGGGUUUGUUUUAAAAGGGCUCUGGUUGAGAUCAGUGAUUGCAGAUUUUAUUUCCUUAUUACUUUCAUUUUUUGCCUCAUAGAUGGUUCAAAGAGUUCUCAAAUCUAAUUGGAUAUAGUUAACGCAUUUGUUAAAAGCAAAAGUGUCAUCUAAUUCAGAGAUCAGAAAUGAAGUUGGAGACUUUUAUAAUAUGAUGCUUCUAAUGUGAUCGUCAUAAUAAGGAAAAUUCCAAGUGACAGUUAUUUAUUGCUUGCUACAACAUGUAAUUUUCAAUGUAAAUGCAAAUGGCUGAACAGUCACUCCGUUUGGAAAUCAACGUUGUGUUUCAGGUGAAACAUCUUUCAUUUGGUGAAUUCAUUAUUCAAAGAUGAGUAGCUAUGCAUGAAUGAAUAAUUAUGCAUCUUUGAAUGUUCUUGGGUGCAUUAAAUGUUCCCAGAAUUGGCAAAGAUCAAGAAGGGUCUUAUCCACUCCACUUAGAAAGUGGUGGUAAGCAUCGUCCAGAUUGACUGCAUUUUGUGUCUUUGGGACAUUGGUAUUCCGCCGCUUCUUCUGAGUGUACCUGUCUGCUUUUGAGUCCAAUAAAAGUAAUUUCAUGUUUUCUAGAA